UUUGGUAGGAUAAUUAAACUUCUCGUUCUAGAGGGAUUGUUCUUUGUUUUCCUUUCUCAACUUCGCAUCUAUUUCAGUUAUCGCAUUUCCAUUUGCGUAGUUAUGUUAGAAUACCCGAAAUAUACUGGUCAUGCUGUACAAUACAACUUAUGCAGAGAGAGUCGUCAAACAAAAUAUUUCAAGCAUACCUACCUCUACUCCCUGUAUACGUCUAGGUCUAUGGCAUUUGUUAAUUUGUCUCAGAUGUUGCUUAGGCGCCAAUGUCAGCGCUUCGGAUUGCACCGCCACAACCGAGCGCUCUACAAACAGUCUUUGAAUGUAAAAUUCCUACCUACUUAUCGCUGCACACAACUUUCCCUCCAAAAUAGCAACAAUCGUGAUUUUUCUUUUCUCAUAUUCCUACCCAUCAAAAAUCUUUGCCAAUCAUGGAAGUCAGUCCCAUCGCCGCGAUCGAGCAGAUCCCAGGCCUCUAUAUAUCAGAGUAUGUUAACACAGCCCCCAACCGCAUUCCAUACCAGGCAACUCAAAUCAAAAAUCAGUAUAACCGUCCCCCAAUCUCCAGAUAUCCUCGAGAAAUACAACAUAACACACAUCCUCUCACUCACAGACAAACGCGACUGUCCGACCUUUGAUCCAAACGACACAAGAAUAUCGCAUUUGCACAUUGACAUUCAAGACAACCCCAUGGAAGAUCUGCUCGUAUGUUUAGAUGGCCUGUGUGCGUGGAUCGCACACGCACUCGCAGCCUCGAAUACAGCGGAUCGUAGCCUAGACCCUUUGAACGGUGUACAGAAUCACGGAGAAGUAAAAGCCCCUCGAUCUUCCAAUGUGCUAGUCCACUGUGUCAUGGGCGUAUCGCGUAGCGGCGCGAUCAUCGUUGCGUACAUCAUGCGCGCGCUCAAUCUCUCCUACGAUGAUGCGCUUGCGCUUGCGAGAAUGGCGAGGCGGAGGAUUGCGCCGAAUAAUGGGUUUGCGGAGCAGUUGAGGGUUUGGAAGGAGCUUGAUUACUCGGUGUUUGAGAUGGUCAAGGAAGGGGUGGAUGUGAGCGUAUUUCUUAAGAGGGAAUAUGAUGAUUGGGACGAUAAUCGCGGUGUUUUGCAUUCUAGGGCUGAGUUUGAGAAGAGGGAGAGGAGAGUGGAGAAGGUGAGGCGGUUAGUUGUUGAGUAUGGGAUGGCUGAUUAA